AUGUGUCGUCUGCGUGCAGUGAAGCGUGACGUCAACGAGCUGUCGGUGGCACUGAAGUUCGCACAAUCAAAUGAAACGAUGCGAAAUGCGACGAUUCGYUUGCAGCUGUUGAAAAAAGCUAGCGGUUAUAAGCCCUUUCUGUAUGAUGUUACCGUGUAYUUGUGUGAAUAUUUGGAAAAGCGUAACCACCCAUUUCUCAACAUUAUUUUCAAUGCAUUCGGCAAUCACUCGACCAGCCUACAAAGGUGUCCAUUGAGGAAUGAGCUGGCCAUUGAACACCAACAAUUUCCUACUGGGAUGCUGCAGGGAUUGCCACUGCCUUUGGGCGAAUAUGCGAUUUUUGCCAGCCUCACAACCGAAAGCAAGAAACGUGUCGAAGUGAAGUUAUAUUUUAUGCUCAACGAUACUUAUAAAUAUAAAUAUCUCCAAAGAGGUGAUUCUGCAAAAUAA